AUGGUCCAACAACCGAACCUACCAACAAGUAUGCCAACAGACGUGGUGCCAACUCAAACUUCUAAUCCACCAACUCUCCAAGAAUUAGGUCAAGUAGACCGUUUUAUGUAUAAACUAGUAAUAGCCAAUGGAAGUGUGACAGAUACUGAACUUGGUGAGUGGAGAGUAUACUCUAACUCGCUUGUGACAACACAUGCAAAUGCAUCGGUCCUGGCGGGUACCAACACCAAUACUACAGGAACUCCAGAAUGGUUCAUUCAGGCUUUCUCAAAUGGAGGUAUUGACGACCUAGCUAUUAAAAACGCCAUUAUAACAGCUUGUGCACCAAAUGGCGCCAUAGAUCAAGCCAUAAACAAUGGAAUCAACAAUGCUUGUGCACCAAAUGGCGCCAUAAAUCAAGCCAUAAACAAUGGAAUCAACAAUGCUUGUGCACAAAAUGGCACUAUUUAUUCCCUUUUUGACGUGAGUUUUCAAACAAGUAUGGCAAGAUCUCAUAAUGGUAACUCGUCUCGCGAUAACGAUUUAUUUCGCGAAUUCCCCAAUUUGAAUGGUGAUUUACCAUCUGAUAGAAACGUCACGUUUCCUCAAAACUUGUCCACACUAAGGAAUUUCACCCGUGCCCAAUGCAAUAGUCUACUCCGCCACUACAACCAAUUACCUGCCAAUAGUGUACAACAGGCAAGGCAGAUGGUGCGAGUCUUUAUUGGCGCUGGGCCUUUAUAA